CGGGAAUACUACUUCCGGGCUUGCUCCGUCACUAUUUGAACUUUGACCCGCGCCCUUCCUCUUCCUCUUCCGGUCCCGGCGAGACCAGAUAUAAAAAAUGGUUCAGCGUCUGACAUACCGUCGUAGGUUGUCCUACAACACAGCCUCUAACAAGACCAGGCUGUCCCGGACACCAGGUAACAGGAUUGUUUACCUUUACACUAAGAAAGUUGGCAAGGCACCAAAGUCUGCAUGUGGUGUGUGUCCAGGAAGACUUCGCGGUGUUCGUGCUGUGCGCCCUAAAGUCCUUAUGAGGUUGUCAAAAACAAAGAAGCAUGUUAGCAGAGCCUAUGGCGGUUCCAUGUGUGCUAAAUGUGUCCGUGACAGAAUCAAACGAGCUUUCCUUAUUGAGGAGCAGAAGAUUGUUGUGAAAGUGUUGAAGGCACAAGCACAGAGUCAGAAAUCUAAGUGAAUCUCUUUGUAUUGUCUGCCUAAUAAAUACAAAUUCAACUUUU